GCCUCCGCCUCCUUCCCCUCCUCUUCCUCCUCCUCCUCCUUUCUGCCCUACCGCCGGGAUGCCGAAGCUUAGCAAGGAGGCCAAGCAGCGGCUACAGCAGCUCUUCAAGGGCGGCCAGUUCGCCAUCCGCUGGGGCUUCAUCCCCGUAGUGCUCUAUCUCGGUUUUAAAAGAGGUGCAGAUCCUGGAAUGCCUGAACCAACUAUCUGGAGCCUGCUGUGGGGAUGAAGGCAGUGGUGGUCCUGUAGUAGCGGCAGCCGAUGGACGGAGUGUCAGAAGAUGCGAACAUUCCAGAGGACGAGGCCGACACUUAGACCAGCUGGCUCGGUCAGCUUGCUAAUGCCAUAGGUUGUACAUACAACAAAAUGAAGUUUAUAUGGACCUAACUUAUUUGCAUUACGGUGUAAUUAAAUAAAUACUGUUUGAAUGGA